AUGUCUCUUGUAGCCUCUCAGGAAGGGUUGACCGAUCUGAUUCCAUGCAACGAUCAAUGCGGCGGUGACUAUACACUGUACACAUUUGGACAAAGCGAAAAAGAAGUGACAGUCACUGUCCCACUAGCACCCGGCACUAGAGGGAAGAGUCUGCGCGUUGAUAUUAAGGUAAGACACCUGGAGAUUGAGGUUCCCGGCAAAGGUACCAUAUUGGCGGGUGAGUUGUACAAGGCGAUCAACGUCGAUGACAGCACAUGGUGUAUUCAGGACGGAAAGGAGCUGGUCGUUCUUCUGACUAAAACCAACAUACAAUACGAGGAGUGGUGGCCGCACGUUGUGAUUGGUGAACGUCAGAUCGAUCUCAAGACACUGAAACCACCAUCAAUUCGGUUUUCAGACCUUGACGAUGGUGCUCAGGCAACGGUAGCCAAAAUGAUGCACGAGCAGCACCAAAAACGAACGGAUCCCGCAUUUACGAAUGCCUGA